GAGCACGGCAGCUUCAUCGCAAAAGGCAUGGUCUACCAGAGUGACCGAUUUCACAACUUCACGGUGAUCAAAGGCCUCAAGGCGCAUGGUUUGUUGAUAGACCCUGGAGCUUCACGAGGAUUGAUUGGCACAGACACUUUUGCAGAUAUUGUAGCACAGAUUCUACGCCCCAGGCGUCUUGAGAAGUUCGUAAAGUGGAAGCCCAGCAUCAACAAGUUCACUGGCAUUACGGCAGACCCACAGAAGUCAUUGUCAUUGGUAAGUUUUCCCAUCGGCUUGCAGGGCAUCAAGAACGCGACCUUCGCAGCCGACAACGAGAAACAGCAGCUUGGACGUGCCGCUCAGCGGCAACUGCCACCGUCCAACACCAUGGACUUCUACUCCUACCAGCAGUAUUCUCAGAAUGCGCCA